CUGAAGUGUAGUUGAGCUGUUGUGCGUUUGUGUCUCUGUAUUCAAACAGUAAAAUGGCAGGAGCUUUUCAGGAUGAGUUCAUGUGUCCAGUGUGUCUGGAUCUCCUGAAGGAUCCAGUGACCAUCCAGUGUGGACACAGUUACUGUAAGAUCUGUAUUACAGCCUGCUGGGAUCAGGAGGAUCAGAAGAGAGUCUACAGCUGCCCUCAGUGCAGACAGACCUUCAGUCCAAGACCUGCUUUAGCUAGAAACACCUUCCUGACUGAAGUGGUGGAGCAACUGAAGAAGAGGAAACGUUCUGCUGACUGUGAUGCUGGAGAUGUGCAGUGUGACGUCUGUACUGGAAGAAAAUACAAAGCUGUCAAGUCCUGUCUGAUGUGUCUGAACUCUUACUGUCAGAAUCACCUUGAGCAACAUGAGAGUUUCUUUAAAGGAAAGAGACACAAUUUGACUGAUGCCACUGGACGACUGCAGGAGAUGAUCUGCCAGAAACAUGAGAAGAUCCUUGAGGUUUUCUGUCGCACUGACCAGAAAUGUAUAUGUGUGUUGUGUAUGGAUGAACAUAAAAACCACAACAUCGUAUCAGCUGCAGCACAGAGGACAGAGAAACAGAAGCAGCUGAAGGAGACGCAGAAGACGUUCCAGCAGAGAAUCCAGCAGAGAGAGAAAGAUCUUCAGCAGCUGAGAGAGGCUGUGGAGUCUCAUAAGCGCUCUGCACAGACAGCAGUGGACGACAGUCAGAGGAUCUUUACUGAGCUCAUCCUCUCUAUUGCGAGAAGCCGCUCUGAGCUGAUACAGAUUAUCAGAGAUCAUGAAAAGCGAGCGGUGAGUCGAGCUGAAGGACGACUGGAGCGACUGGAGCAGGAGAUCAAUGAUCUGAGGAGGAGAGACGCUGAGCUGGAGCAGCUUUCACACACACAGGAUCACAUCCAGUUCCUGCAGAGUUUCCAGUCUCUCUCAGCACCUCCUGAAACUACAGACAGAAAUGACGAUUUCUUUGCUUCUCUCAUAUCUUUUGAUGGUCUGAGAGAAUCUGUCCAUCAGCUGAGAGACAAACUGGAGGAUUUCUGCAAAGGGGAGCUCAAGAAGAUCUCAGACAGAGUCACAUUCACUAUCACUGCUCCCAGGACCAGGAACGACAUCCUACAAUAUUCCCAUCAGCUCACUCCGGAUCUGAACACAGUGAAUAAACACCUCCGUCUGUCUGAGAGCAACAGAGUGAUUACUGGUACUGGCACAGAUCAGUCGUAUCCUGAUCAUCCAGACAGAUUUGAUGUGCGUCAGGUGUUGUGUAGAGAGAGUGUGUGUGGACGCUGUUACUGGGAGCUGCAGUGGAGCGGAGUUCUUGGUGUGCGAAUAUCAGUGUCAUAUAAGAGCAUCAGCAGGAAGGGACGGGGUGAUGAAAGUCGGUUUGGAAAUAAUGAUCAGUCCUGGAGUUUGUUUUGCUCUUCUUACAGUUGCUCAUUCAUACACAAUAACAUAGAAACUGUUCUCCCUGUGAAGUCCAUCACCCAUAGAAUAGGAGUGUUUGUGGAUCACAGUGCAGGAACUCUGUCCUUCUACAGCGUCUCUGACACAAUGAAACUCAUCCACACAGUCCAGACCACAUUCACUCAGCCGCUCUAUCCUGGGUUUUGGGUUAAUGGUGGAUCAUCAGUGAAACUGCUGAUAGAUCAGAAGAUAGACUGUACAGAGAUUCUACCCAUAAUGCUUUGGGCUGCAUGAUGAAUCAGUAACAGUGAGAUGUUAUAGAGUCUCUUCUUUUCUCUUCAUGACAUUAAUACUGCGGCUGAACUUCUGUCAGUGAAAUAACAUGUCAGAAUAAAUGUGUGUAAUAAAUCCUCAUACAGACAGUAAGAUCAGUGUAUGUGUGAGUCCUGCUGAGUGAACGUGUUUGUGCGCUUUUCUCAACCUGUUUGUGUUGACUGAAAUCAGUGAUUUAGUUAUCAAUGUAGUGUCACAUCAGUCAUUUCCAUUAUUACUAUCAAAAUUAUCUUUCAGUUCAAAUGAUCACACACAAUCAAUAAAUCAUUCUCAUUAUUCACCUUAUGGAGCUCAAGGCCUUUCCAGCUUUUUGUGUUCUUUUGUCUUUCAUUGAUGCAAGUCACCGUUUUUGUUGUCAUGCAUUUAUUAAUUGUUAACCAUGGAAUUUGUAUUUAUUUUUAGGUAGAUUUUUAAGUUUGUGACUCCCCGUAAAACUUGGAAUUUUAAAUAUUGAUUUUAGUUUAAGCUUCUGUCUCGUAAUCAUAAUCUAUCUGCACCGGUCUCUCUCACUGUUUUUGCAUCCAGACUAAUCAGCAAGACUAAGGUCGGACAUUUAGGAAUGCUAUUCAUUCCCAGAUCCAGACUAAAGCAUUGUGGUGAUUGAGCUUUUGCUAUUGCUGACUCAGCACUCUGGAACAACCGUCCUGUGGCCAUCUGAACAGCACCUUCUCUGUCUGUUUUUAAAUCUAUGCUUAAAUCUUAUAUAUUUGAACAAAUUAUAGAGGCUUAAGAGCUAUUUGUAACAGUUUUAUCACAUUGUUUUGUAAACGUUUACAUUUUUGAUUAUCUGAUUUAUAUGUCUUAACCUUUUGUACAACACUUUGGUUAACUGAUGAUUGUUUUAA